AUGACAAGCGGAUUAUCUCGGAGAAGAGUCGUUUCAGGCAACUUCGUCGAAAAUGAGCAAGAAGUCAAAAAUGUCGCACUGAUGAAAAGCAAAGCGCAGAGUCGUGACGACGAUCACAAAAUUGCAUUUGACCCAAAAGACCUUGAACAAGGUGCUGAAAGUGAGAAACAACCAAAAGUAACCCUUAUGGAGGAAGUGCUCCUCUUGGGUCUCAAAGACAAGCAGGGGUACUUGUCUUUUUGGAAUGAUAGUAUUUCGUAUUCUCUUCGGGGCUGCAUUCUAAUUGAGCUUGCUUUCCGUGGCAAGCUGCGCAUGCAAAAAGACAUAAAUCGAAAACGUUUCCCGUUGGCCGAUCGCAUGGUGGAACUCGUGGAUGAUAAAUUGACCGGCGAGGUAUUGCUGGAUGAAGCCAUCAAGAUGAUACACUCGAGCGAACCAUUGUCUGUUACGUCUUGGAUUGAUCUAAUGAGUGGUGAAACUUGGAAUGUUAUGAAAAUUGGAUAUCAACUGCGCCAAGUCCGUGAACGUCUUGCCAAAGGUUUGGUUGAUAAAGGAAUCCUUAGAACUGAAAAGAAAAAUUUCUUGCUGUUCGAUAUGCCCACUCAUCCUAUUGCAGACACCUCUAUCAAAGAGGGUUUAAAGCGACGUGUUUUGUCCAUCCUCACAGACCGUGUUGUCGAGUUUGAAAGCACAACAGCUUUUCCUGCUAAUAUGCAAUUCCGCUACCUGCGUACAAUAUGUCUUGUUUGCUCUGCCUAUGCAGCUAAUGUUUUGGAAAACGCUCUAUUAGCUUUAGACUUUGAAAGACGCGAUAGAGCUCUUGCUCAAGUCGACGAACUUUUGUCUGAAUUCUCUCAAUGGCCAUUCCUCAUCCAUCCCUCAAAUGUCGGCGCUAAUUUGGGUGAAGCUGUUGGACAGGAAUUGGAGCCUUUAUCAGAGGAUCAGAUGUUAUCUAUUGAAGUCGUCUCUGCCGUCUUGCAGGUAUUUACUCAUUUGGAUUCCUUGCUUUAA